AUGCUGAUCGACGGAGAGCGGUGGCGCGUGCACUCGAAGCAGAUGUUCCGCUAUGAAGGUGGGGCAUGGUGCAUGCAAACAACUCUAAAGGUGGAGGCCUGGACCCUGUUGCUUGCGGUGGAGGGUUUCUUCCUGCAGCUUGUGGCACGUUUGGAGCAGAUGGAGGAUCGCAUUCCAUGGGGAUGGGAGAGAGCCGGGCCCCACGUCCUUGCCAUUCUCUAUGAUGCUCUUCAAAGCAGUGCCAAUGUCGUGGACAGCAUGAAGAAUGUUGCGAAGGAGAACAGCGAUCAUUUGCGCGCCGCCGCCGGAAACAAGGCUUGGAAGGCGCAUUGGGCGCGACGGGUCGCUGAGAUGGUUGCCGAUUUCCGUAAGAAGUGGGAGCAAGGACAUAUCUCGGAUAACAUCAGCAAGCUGUUCCUGAAGGAGUGGGAGACGCCCAUGCCGAAAUAUAGAGGAGUUUGCUUCCCCGAUAUCUACCUCAACGAGGAUUGGCGCGCAGCCGCCAAGUCACCCAAUAACGACUGUUACCUCUUUCUGGACUACCCCUACUUCUACGAGAAUCAACUCCGUGAGGACUCCAGCUUCCAGAUCAAGCUCUGCUUCAUGCGCGCGGCUUUCCAGAAAGUGGCCACAAUGGAGGCGUGCCUGGACAGAGCAGUCUUCAGCGCUAGCGCCAGCUCAACACUGGACUGUGGUGUCUUUCUAGAGCGUCAAGAGUUUCGCAAGUCCGCAGAACUCGCGUGGAAUAAAGCAAACAUUCGUAUCCAGGAGAUGUCGCAGCGUGGGCACUUCAUCUCUGACUUGUUGAAGCGGUUUGUCGUGAACGAGGAGAUUGACUGCCGCGUCAAUUAUGGAUUCACCUCGAAAAGAUGCUUUGGCACCAGUAUGCAGGUGCAGGAGCUCAACUUCGAGAAUAUUCCGAUCAUUGAAGACAGUGCUGACCGCGCAAAGUGCUGUGAGCAUUUGCGCCGUCGAGUUGUGGCUUUACUCAUGGGCAAGGCCACAUGGACAGGCGAUCCUGCCUCAGUCAAUCCCUCUGAGGGCGUCUACCUCCUGCUGCCUCAGGAUGACUUGGUGGAUUUCCUCUCCCACCCA